AUGAUUUAUAAUCCUCUGCAGAAGAAGAAAAUGGCAUCUUCUGAUAACCCCGAGUUAGUCGAGAGGGAGGUCAAGGACCGGAGCCAGAAAGAGGACAAGAAAGAUGACGAAAAGGGCGGAUUCAUCGACAAGGUCAAGGACUUCAUCCACGACAUUGGCGAGAAAAUCGAGGAGACCAUUGGGUUCGGGAAGCCGACGGCCGAUGUCACCGGCAUUCACAUCCCUCACAUCAACCUCCAUAAGGCAGACAUUGUGGUCGAUGUACUCGUAAAAAACCCUAAUCCUGUCCCUAUCCCUCUCAUCGACAUCAACUACUUGAUCGAGAGUGAUGGCCGGAAGCUCGUCUCCGGCUUGAUUCCCGAUGCGGGCACUAUCCACGCGCACGGCUCGGAGACCAUCAAGAUACCGGUUUGUUUGAUUUAUGACGAUAUAAAAAACACGUACGAUGACAUAAAGCCCGGGAGCAUCAUCCCUUACAGGGUUAAGGUCGACCUCAUCGUGGACGUCCCGGUUUUCGGCCGUCUCACCUUGCCACUCGAGAAGACGGGCGAGAUCCCGAUACCCUACAAGCCCGAUGUUGAUGUCGAGAAGAUACAUUUCGAGAAGUUCUCUUUUGAGGAAACUGUGGCCACUCUUCAUCUGAGGUUGGAGAACAAGAAUGAUUUUGAGCUGGGGCUUAAUGAUCUUGAUUAUGAGGUGUGGUUAGGUGACGUGAGCAUAGGUGGGGCCGAGCUCACAAAGUCGGCUAAGAUUGAGAAGAAUGGGGUUAGCUAUAUUGAUGUGCCGAUUACGUUUAGGCCUAAGGAUUGUGGGUCGGCGCUUUGGGACAUGAUUAGAGGGAGGGGAACGGGUUACUCUAUGAAGGGGAAUAUUCAUGUGAACACGCCUUUUGGUGAGAUGAAACUGCCGAUUUCUAAGGAGGGCGGGAAAACCGUGCUUAAGAAGAAGAAGGAGGAUGGAGGUGAUGAUGAUGACGAGGACGAUGAGGAAUGA